AUGACCUACAUCACUGAAACUGGCAUGACGUGCAUUUUGUGUCCCCCAGGUUAUUUCUAUCUAAAUGACUGCCAGGUUCAUAACACCAUAGCUUUGUGCAAGCCAUGUCCUAAAAACACAUUUUCUAGUACCUACAAUAAAGCAGUUUUCUGUGCUCCCUGCAUGGCUCAUUGUGAGUCAGAAAUUCUGGUUCCUGUGCAAAAGUGUAACGCCACUGCGGACAUGGUGUGUGAUUGCCCUGAUGGAAAGAUUCUUGAAAACCCCAAAUCUCAUGCGAAGUGUAAACCCAUCAAAGGCUGUGAACCAGGAUCAGGGCUACUCCAACAAGCUACACCAGAACAUGGACCUGUGUGCGCGAAAUGCAGACCGGGGAUAACAUUUUCUCCGGAUAUGUCAGGUGAACCCUGCUAUCUAUGCACCCAAUGCCCUCAUGAUGAUAUUUUCCAGAAAUGCAAUACAACACAUGACAGCAUUUGUAAUGUACAAACACAGACUUGUCCAUUGAAGACCGUCACAUCCUGCACAUCGUCGGAAAUAGACUGGAGACCUAUAUUUCAGUUCUUGUCUUUACAGUUAACAUCAGACUGGGAGAAUGUUAUUCGGUCUCUUUUUCUGGACGCUAAUAUAAGUGAUUGGAAAGCAGUCAUACAACAAAUUCAACACGAUAAUGACACCGUCCGUGAGCAAAUAUACCAGUGUCUCCUCAGAUGGCAACAAGGGGGUUCGCUAUCCAAAGAUACAUUGAUCCGCAUCUUGAUAGAAGAAAAUCACCAGGACAUAGCAGAGAAGUUGUCGAAUAGCUCUGUCCUUGAAAAUUCUCCACUCGAAAGAUGGGAGGAAGACAUGGUUUAA